CCCGGCUCGGUGGCUGCUGCCGGCCCCUCCGCCGCCACCCGCAGCGCCGGGCGAGCUGGGUGUGGGGGGCCGCCCCCGGCCUGAGCGCGGCCGGGGGUGCCCCGUUCCGCCCCCUCAUGCCGAGAUGGAGCGGGACUCGUCCCCGCACUACUUCUACGACCACGACGCCGGGGAGGAUUUCCACCGCUCCACGGCGCCCAGCGAGGACAUCUGGAAGAAGUUCGAGCUCGUCCCCACGCCGCCCCGCUCGCCCCUGGGUGCCCCCAGCGACAAAGGCGGAGGCGGGAGCUCGGAGGAACGGCCGGGCGGCCCGGCCCGGUCCGGCCCGGCCGCCGAGGAGCCUGAGUACCUGCUCGGCCCCGCACCGAUCUUCGGCAACCUGAGCGCUUUCAUUCUACGGGACUGCAUGUGGAGCGGCUUCUCGGCCCGGGAGCGCCUGGAGAAGGCCAUGACGGAAAAACUGGCUCCGGGCCCGCAGAGGGUGGCCCCCCACAAGCCCUCCUUCGGCCAGGACUUGGGCUUCAGCAGCUCGGUGAGCGAGUGUGUGGAUCCCGCCGCCGUCUUCCUCUGCCCGCUGGCCGAGAGCAAGGUCCCGGCAUCAUCGGGAUCCGAGGGCCAGAGCGACUCCGAAGGUGAGGAGAUCGAUGUGGUGACGGUGGAGAAGAGGCAGUCGCUCAGCCUGAGGCAGCCGGUCACCAUCACGCUGCGUGCCGACCCCUUGGACCCCUGCAUGAAACGCUUCCACAUCUCCAUCCACCAGCAGCAACACAACUAUGCCGCCCGCUCGCCGCCAGAUGCCUGUCCCCAGCCGGAGCUGCCCCGGCAGGAUGAGGAGGAGCCGCUCAGCACCACGGAGCCAGCCCCUGCAGGCAUGCUGUCAGAGCCUGGCUUGCCAAAAGCUGGUACCAGCCCUGGCUCUGACAGUGAGGACGUGGCCAAGAGGAAAAACCACAACUACCUGGAGCGCAAGCGGCGCAAUGACCUGCGCUCGCGCUUCCUGGCACUGCGGGACCAGGUGCCCGGGCUGGCCAGCUGCCCCAAGACACCCAAAGUGGUGAUCCUGAGCAAGUCCUCUGAGUACUUGCAGUCGCUCAUCAGUGCCGAGAGGAGGAUGGCAGCUGAGAAGCGGCAGCUGCGGCUGCAGCAGAGCCAGCUGCUCAGACAGAUUGCUCACCUCAAGGGGCAUUAGCACGAGUCUGUCCCUAACCUGGCCCUCACACCAACCCCGUGUCCCUCUCAAUUUGCACACUUUUGAUUUUUGGUUAGCUAUCGAUCGAACUCUCGCUCCUGGGGGGCAGGAGCGUGUGGUGGCUGCUGCACGUGGGGCGGCUGCGGUGCUGCUGGCAGAGGUGGGGCAC